AUGUCUGGGUUGCCGGUGAAUGGUGCCUCUAGCGGCGGUUCCUCAAGGGGUGAGACGACUCAUUUUCGCGUGAAAUUAGGGAACAUCCCUAAUCCUGCUUCCAGCACAACUUUGGACAGGGCCAGCAAGACAGAGAAGGUGCAUUCGUUUCCGUCGUCGUCCUCCUUGAAUUCAAGUGAGACGACAUUGACGGCAGUGGAUUUUUGUACAUGGGCGUCGAUGGCGAAUGCGAUGUCGUGCGCCUACACGUCCAGUGGAUAUCCAACUUUUCUCACCACCAACAGUGUUCGUAGUGAUAUUUAUGGGGCUUUUGUGGAGCUGCGAAUCCCUUCGCUGCACAGUAUGACGUUACCACCGGAGGAGACUCUUGUUGUUGUCCCUCCUACUCCGCAGAGCUGCAAUGACAGGAUGAACGCUUCAUGUGCCUCUGCAUCUACUCUUCCCUGCCGCGUUACCGGCACCGGCGGUCCUUCUCGCCCGUUAGUGUUGGUGGUGUGGAAGCGUGGUUCUCAUCUGUUUAGCACCCACCCAGCGACGGUGGCAGCACUGAGUCCUUCGACGAAGUCGCUCUCCGUGAACAGUCCAAAGACGCCUUCUUACCUUGUCCGUCUCAGAUCAAAUUCAUCUUCCUUUUCGAAAAAUACUCGGUCAUCUCCAAGUGCAAUUGACAACGUGCAGACUUCUUCACGGCUGAAUGAACUUUUUUUUGGGCUUCCACCAACAGUCCCUACAAAAUCAAGUUCUGUCCAAAAAAACGGCGUUGCGGAUGGGUUUGCCCCCAACAUCAAUGAUGUAACCCCCCCGAGAAAUGAGGAUGACGAGGCGGAAACGCAGGCUGGGAAGUCGGUAAAAAGGCCACCGCCUUCUUCUCCACCUCCUGAGGAACCUCCCAUUGAGGGCGUCCCGGUGCAGCUGACGCUGGUGACGGCCGGUAGUUUUAAUCAUCUCACCACUUAUGCGGUCAGGCACCAAGAGGGAAAAGUGCUGGCGGCUGUUCCUGUGCAGACUAUCGUUGCCUCGUCAUCGAUGCGAAGGAUCACUGCCCAUUGCCCUUUUCUUCUUGGUAUGGAUGUGAGUGAGAAUUACGUUGCGCCAGCAUUGCUUACUGAAGGGGAACGGAAUGUAUUGCACAAGGAAGAGCUAAAACAGCCAAAAAAACAAUUUAUGUCAUUCAAGUCUACAAAGUCUUCAGAAAGAGCAAAGGCAGAGGGAUUGGAACUUCGAUUUGAGGAAAUUCAGGUGGAAGGGGUAAUAAAUGACGGUAAAAAUGCGGUGAAUGUCGUAUCGCAGUGCGUGGCGGUAGAGCCGUUUAUACUGAUUGGUAAUCGUAAUGGGGAUUUGCUUCUCUUUAGCAUUUUUGAAGGAAAAAUUCUUCAGCGCCUUAAUUUUUCAGGCGCAGUAAAAGGUGGGACUAGCGGGGAUUCUACAAGUGCGAUCUGCAACCAACUUGUAAGUGCUCCAGUCUCAUGUAUCACAGAAGUGGAGUGCGGUAUUGAAAAACGCCUAGCCCUUGUGGUUGAUUGUGCAAGGCUGUGUCGGGCGCGAGGUGAAAAUAGUUUUACGAUUCCAUACGUAACUACGCGGGGAGGCCCACCUUCCGUGUUUGCCGUGGGGUUUGGGAAUGGGCACGUGCUGAUUGUGUGUGUGACAGUGGAGGGGGCUUGGAUAAGCAAACACUUUUCAUCCUUUGGACAUCGACUCGUGCAAGCGAUAUCGAUGCGGGUGCCACACUUCUUGACGCGGUUAUGGCCGAAUGAUGCCGAGGCAUCUUUUGCCUCACACGAGACACGGCAGAGGAAGGGUUUUUUUCCUGCAAUGACGGUGUGUGUCUCUGCGGAGAGUCUUGUUGUGGAUGGAGAGAGUAGUCUUGCGGCGGUCUCCUGUGACGGGGGAACAAUACGCCUUGUCAAGGCAUCCGAAAUGGAGGUUGAGCUGUGCCACGUGACCGCACUUGAAAAUCACUCUGUCGGUGACUUUUUGGCUGUGCAAUGGGUUCCCAGUCACGCCGACGCCACUCUCUAUCCGGACCUUCUUGUGGUCACAAACGAGGAUGAUUCCAUCACGGUGUGCCAGGUGGCAUACCUUAGCGACGGGAGGAAAAACGGUGAUUGCACCGUUGUCAGGGAUCAGAAUACGUCCUUAGCGGAGGACUCGGAAUUACUUUUUUCUCCCCCUUCCGUGUCGUACCCCGCAUACCCUCAGGCUGUAAGGGAGGGAUUCGUACGUGUGACGCGACGACUUUUUCAUCGCUCGUGGGUAGGCGACCUUUGCGCUCUACCAAUUCCUUCUAGAGGUCAUUUAUUGGUUGCCACAUCAUACGAUAGUCGAAGUUCCUUUUGGCCUCUCUUCUUUUCAGAUGCAUCCCUUUCUGUAGAUGCCCGUAAUAACCCCCUAGAGACUUGUUCACUUGAAUCAUUUCUUCAGGAAUGCUUUUCUGGGUGCCUUAUCCACGACAAAAAUGCUGCGUCUUUCGCAUCGCAGUGGGCAGACAACGUCAUCCCAGUCGAACCAGUUUUUGCUGUGGCGCUGCACGCGGACCCAACAGUUCGCUGUGCUGCUUGUGGGGCCGGGAGGAGUUACUUUUUUGUUUCUUUGUGCCUCCGUGGACGAGUGAAGUUCUGGGAGGUGAGACCCGUUGUGGAUUAA